CAGAGUGAUUAAAAAUCAACAGAAAAGGCCCACUAAAAUCAGAACUGAAUGCAGAAAGUGAAGAACUUUCAAUGCUAGACGGCAAGAAGGUUGGAUAUGAGAAAGGUCAUUGGGUAAAACGAACCCGACUUCCGGCUUCUUUCGAAUGGUGCAUGCAGCAUGCUUCCGUGCGCUCAUGCUCACUUUGUUCCUCAGUCCUCGCAAGGACUGCGACCUGCUCCAGGCUUAAUCCUAUUUUGCAUGUGAGGAAACAAACAUGUUCAGGGUUUUGGAGGAGAAUCGCUCCAACUGCAGCAGAAGAGCAGGCUGAGGAAUCAGAUCAGCAAAUCCAUCCACGUGGCAGAGGGACCUGGGAGGGCCAGGCAUCAGGUUACCAGGCAGCACUGAGACAGCCAGUAUAAAAGCCCUGACCAGCUGUCCUAGAACACCAGCUAUCAACCCUGUCGCGCGCGCUUUGAAUUUCUCGCGUUUGAAAACCGUCAGACACAGAACACCAGGCAGCCUCAAACAGAGAAUCACCAGGUUCCAGGACCAGAGAAAGGCCAGAUGUGGUGUCUGGAACAGCUCUUAAAGAACCGAGACGGGUUUCUCCCAGGGCGAGCUCGUCGCACCAAAUCGCAGUCGUCCGCUGCGAGCGUGAACGUGCUCACUCCUGACCGCAUCCCGGAGUUCUGCAUACCACCGAGGCUGGAGUCUAGCACCGCCGGGGCUGCGCUGCGCGAUGCCUGGGCUGCAGACGAAGAGACAGACGACCACGCGGGUCGCACCGACUGGGACCCGCGCUCCCAGGCCGCGCUCUCGCUGCUGCACCUGCCCCGCGCACGCACCGCCUACGGCUUCUGCGCGUUGCUCGAGAGCCCGCACACGCGCCGAAAGGAGUCGCUCUUCCUCGGCCACCCAGAUGCCCGAGUCCUCGUGCCCGGACUUCGCCACCGCUCACACACCUACGGAAGUCCGCGCCGAGUCCCGGACUCUCCGCGCUCCUUGCCGCGCAACCCAAAUGCCACCGUGGUCCCGUCACCUACUCCUAAGUCUCGCAGACGCCGCUUCCUGCGCGCCCCUGAUGGGCUGCUGAGUCGCGCGCUGAGGAUCCCUCGAGGUCGGACCGGCGCGUGCUCCUCGUCCUCCCGCUACAAGCACGAGCGCGCCGCUCCCUGCACGUCCCCGGUCCCUGUAAGCCCACGCCCCGAGCUCCUGCAAGCCGAAGCCAGCGUGGCCCUGGGCCACGGGGACUGCACGCUGCGCCUGGCCGCCGAGUACUGUCCGCGCAGCGCAUGUCUCCGUCUCCGCCUGCUGCGUGCCGAGGGUCCGGCUGCCGCGCUCGGACCCAGCACCCUGGGCUGUCGCCUCAGCCUGGUGCUAAGGCAGUCGGGCCAGCAGCGUGCCAGCGUUCUCCGCCGUAGCCGCAAGGCCUCCCUGGACCAGGACUGCUGCUUCGACCGGCUCUCGGAGGAGCAGCUGCGCCGCUUGUCAGUUCGCAUCAAGGCCGAGAGCAAGGGCCGCGGAUUGGAGCGUGGACGGCCACUGGGCCAGGGCGAGCUGCUGCUGGGCUCGCUGCUGCUGCUCUGAGCCCAGAUUCCGUGAGGUCGUGGACACAGAAGGUCGUUUGGCCUUGAGAUGCACACACUCUUGGCCAUGGAACACUUGCAGACAGUUUUGACUCUUAGUCCUGGAACACUCACAGCCUCUUGGCUUUUGAACCCUGAAGGUCACUUGGCUUUGAGACACUCCCAACUCUUGGAUCCUGAGAGUCGCCUUAUCCUGGCACAUUACUCACAGCCUUUUGGCUCUUGGACACUGACAGCAGUUUGUACAAAAUAAACACGUCUUCAUUUUUCUAAUCAGGACUUUGUUUCAUAAUCCUGGCAGAGAUGAUCCCGGAUUAUUAUCACAGUAACAGUUUUAACUUCUUUUUGUGUGGACAAACACCUUGAAAUUUCCGUUGAGUGACGGGGUAGUAUUGAGCAUUGUUUCCCACUGUAGACAGUGAUUAUAUGUCAUGUGUAUCAUAUACUCGAACUGGAAGAUAGUUUAUGUCAUGCAGUAUUAGGCCAGUCUCAUAUUAAAAGCUCGUGCAUUCCAUGGUUA